CUUGACAGCAUCAUAACAGAGAAAAACAUAAAAGAAGGUAUGUGCAAUGAAAAAUGAACGAGGUCCGUUUUAUUCAAGAAAGAUGCAUGAAACUGUCAGAACGCACGCACAGAGGGUUAACACAAGCGUGCAAACAGCAGUAUGUGAACUCUCAGUCCUGCUCUUAUUCAGUCAGUUCUGCUCAUCGCCGCAUGAGGCUGCGCGCUGCUGUCAGACGCGCGCGCUGGAGACAGAAGAGACUCUCAUCACGCGCGCCGGCGGAGAGGAGCGCAGGCAUCGCAGCGCAUCGCAUCGCGUCUGUCCCCAGCGCUCACACAGAGCCGCAUUGAGGAUCGUACCGUUAUAGAGGAGCAGCACGAAAUACGCGGAACACAGUGCGUAAAAUCCACAGCCGAGGCUUCAUUGUGACUGCGCUUCAGAUUGACUGUAAACCAUCAUUGUAUGGAGAAGAGCUGCAUGAAGAUUCUGCAACGUUCUACUGAAAAACAGCCUGAGGGUGAUCAGUUGCUGAGGUCGACAUGAAUGCAUCAAUGUCAGACUCUCAAACCUGCGACCCCUGGAUCUCGGCAUCUAGAUUGUGAUAAUAAUGCCUUCGACUUUGAGUAACGUCUUGCACCAUGACAUUUGAGGAUUGCUUUUUUGUCUUUUUUGGAUGUGAAGUGUUCAUACAUGGAAAUGAAAAGAUAUAGAGGUAAUUGUUGGAUUACACCCUUUUUGUUAAUGCCGCUAGCCGGGAGUAUUAAUUAAUUUCUGGACUCACAAUGGGAUUGCCAAGACUGAACCAGAAAAUCUUUUUUUUUGACAUGCCCAUAUUGAUGUUUGCAGUUUUGACCUGUAGCUAUUCAGCUGUUCAACAGAAAUAAGACUUCAAUGGCUUUGUGAUUGGUACCCCGUCAUUGAGAAACCCAACACAGAUUUCGAAUCGGAGGAGCUAUAGCUGUGUAUCACUGAGACUGCCUCAUCUUCUCAAGAAAGAGUCCUCUUAAAUGCCCUCUCUGGGACCUAGUGGCCUCUCCGAUUGGAAAAAAUGACCAGAAACCUAUUGGAUUUAUAGUUUCAUUGAGCAGCGGCGAACUCUCGUUUACCUUCCUCAACUCCAGAGUCAAGGAGCUUUUCUCAAGCAAUCAGGCAGUUGAGAAGAAAAGAACGAUUUUCUAACUUUUGCCCCAUGUAGAGACAAGAAAGUUUUCAAGCAUGGCUCCCCACUGGAGAGGAGGAGCUCAGCUUUUGGCAGUGACUCUGGGAAUUUUGCAGUGCUGUGGAUGGCUGUCCGGUCAGACCGUAAGGACUAGUGUUGGGAUGAUGGAAAGAGGCUCUGAGCAAUGGUCGAUGUCUCAUGAAAGGGUGAAGAGGGGAUGGGUUUGGAAUCAGUUCUUCGUUGUGGAGGAAUACACCGGGACGGAGCCACUUUAUGUCGGAAAGAUCCAUUCAGACUCUGAUGAAGGCGACGGAUCUAUUAAGUACACUAUCUCUGGAGAGGGAGCAGGGACUAUAUUCAUCAUAGACGAGGUCACCGGUGACAUUCACGCCACAGAGAGAUUAGACCGUGAGGAGAAGACCUUCUACACCUUGAGAGCUCAAGCACGAGACCGUCUGACUGACGCGCCGCUUGAACCCGAGUCAGAGUUUGUCAUCAAAGUCCAGGACAUCAACGACAGCGAGCCCAAGUUUCUAGAAGGUCCCUACAUCGGGAGUGUGGCAGAACUCUCUCCUAUUGGUACGUCAGUGAUGAAGGUUAUGGCCUCAGACGCUGAUGACCCGACCUAUGGAAGCAGCGCUCGGAUAGUUUACAGCGUUCUGGACGGAGAGAGAUUCUUUACUGUUGACCGACAAACCGGAGUGAUCCGGACAGCCGUGGCGGAUCUCGAUCGGGAGACGCAAGACCGUUAUGAGCUGGUUGUCAAGGCAACGGAUAUGGCAGGCCAAAUGGGUGGUCUCUCUGGUUCGACCACGGUGACCAUAGUGAUCACGGAUGUUAAUGACAACCCUCCACGAUUCCCUCAAAAGAUGUAUCAGUUUUCGGUCUCUGAGGGUGCAGCCGUUGGGACGCCGAUUGGCCGGGUGAUCGCGACAGAUGCAGACAUGGGCGAGAAUACGGAUAUGAGUUACCUGAUCAAAGACGAGGAGGGGGGAGAGCUGUUCAGAGUCUCGACCGACGGAGACACACAAGAGGCUGUCAUCACCAUCAAAAAGCCUCUAGACUUUGAGAACAAACACACACAUAAUGUGGUCGUAGAGGCUGUUAACAAACACGUGGACCCUCGUUUCGUGGAUCUCGGGUCUUUCCGGGACCAAACCAUCGUGAGGGUCAGUGUGUCGGAUGUGGACGAGCCUCCCAUCUUCAUCCCUCUGACUGGCACCACCAUGGAAGUUCAGGAAGAUGCUCGGUUGGGUGCGCUGGUCGGAAUUGUGACUGCAAAAGAUCCGGAUAUGGAUAACGUCCCCGUCAGGUUCUCUAUAGACCGGAGCACAGACCAGGAGCAGAUCUUUAACAUCGAUCCUGUAACAGGUGCUAUCACUCUGGGAAAGAUCUUGGACCGAGAGACUGCCGGCUGGCACAACAUCACGGUUAAAGCGGUGGAAGCAGAUAACCAGUCCAUGGCAUCUCAGACGGCGGUGAGCAUCCGCAUCCUGGACGUGAACGACAACCCUCCCGAACUCGCGACUCCUUACGAGGCUUCAAUCUGCGAGGAUGCCAAACCUGGCCAGCUCAUUCACACCAUCAGCGUGGUGGACAGGGAUGAACCGCAGUCUGGACAUCGAUUCUACUUCACGCUGGCACCCGAGGCCUCCAACAACCGCCACUUUACGCUAUGGGACAUCAAGGACAACACAGCCGGCAUUAGGACGCAGCGGUCUGGAUUCAACCGUCAGGAGCAGAACGUGUACCUGUUGCCCAUUCUGGUGGUGGACAGCGGCCCUCCGGCCCUCAGCAGCACGGGCACACUCACCAUCCACGUGUGCGGCUGUGACACGGAUGGAGCCAUUCAGUCCUGCAACGCCACAGCCUACGUCAUGUCCGCUGCACUCAGCCCCGGCGCUCUCAUCGCACUGCUGGUGUGCAUCCUCAUUCUCAUAGUCCUGGUGCUGCUGAUCUUGACCCUCAAGCGUCACAGGAAGGGCCAGCGCAUGUCCGAAGACGAGGAGGACAUGCGCGACAACGUCAUCAAAUACAACGACGAGGGCGGCGGCGAGCAAGACACCCAGGCGUACGACAUGAGCGCCCUGCGCAGCCUCUACGACUUUCCAGAGGUCAAAAGCUCGGAUUCAGGUCCGGACCUGCGCUCCGUCCCUCAGUGGAUCCAAAACAGAGUGGUAGGAGACGGCGGGCCGGCCGACUUCUCGGUUUUCAAAGGCUACAUUCGCAAGAAGGUCGAGCAGGCGGACGCGGACUUAUCGGUGCCGCCUUACGACUCGUUCCAGACUUACGCUUUCGAGGGCAGCAGCUCGCCGGCUCUCUCGCUAAGCUCCAUCCGUACGUUGUCCACCACCUCAGAGCAGGACUUUUCGUACCUCAGCGAUUGGGGACCACGCUUCAGGCAGCUGGCUGGAUACUACGCCCCAGCUCAAGCUGAAGAAGAGGGGUCCUAGCACGCUCUCGGAGGCCCUUACAUCCCGGUCGUUUUUUCUCCCUGCCGCUUUUGCCCACAGUUCCGCAGUGGCCCUUUUUUUGGUUCCCAGUCAGUCCGGAGAGUUUUAAUGUCACCCAUUACACUUUGCAAAGUGACUUCUUGUCUUGUGGAAAAGUUCAGGACAAAUAUUGGAGAAGAGCAGUAGGCCGGGUGCUGGGCAAACCUCCAACAUCUUCUCACCUGUCAGCGAGAGCAAGAAGAAGUAGGGCCGUGCCAUAUGCACUACACAAGACACUCAUUGUUGCAGUUUUUUUGUGAUUUCUUUGCCCAUCUGUGGAAAUAAGGACUUUAACUCACUGGGAUCUGGACGAAGACAAUGGAAAAGUCUUUUUAAAUACCAACAUUUAAAAAACCUUAAAUAAACAUGUAUUUAUUUAAAGAAAAAUGAACAAACAAAAAAAGUAAAACAAUAUUUAUGUAUUUAUUGCUUUCUAUUUAUUUAUUUAUUCAUCCUGGCAAUGGACUGAAAUACAAAAAAUGGACAUAAUUUUUGAAGAAUAUUGAAGUUGUCAGGAUGACAGACAAAGACUGAAUAACCUGUGGGUAAAAAAAACAAGGUUGACUGAAAAAAAAAGAGUUGGGGUGGGAUUGUUGAAGGGAGUUUGCAAACUAUCAGCGACAGUAAAUCAGUCUUGAAAAUAUUUGUAUUUAUUUUUUAGAAACUCUUUUUGUAAAAUAUGAACCGUUUCAGGUGGAGAAAAGUAACGGCUGUGAUGGGGUGAAUCUCACGAAAACAUGUCCAGGUCAUGCUUCAUCUAAAUCAAGAGAAUAAAAUAAGAAAAUACAUUUUGCAUGAAGAUAAUGAAGUCUGUUUUGAGGAUUUGAGGUUUGUGACAUUGUUUUUUAUGGAAAUCAAGCACAUUUUCCCUGAAAAAUGUCUGUAUUUUUCAAUUUACACACUUUAAAAAAGAAUUAUUGGUUUAACUUAAAGUGUUACCUGGUUGCCUUAAAAUUUUGAGUUUAUUGACAUUAAAAAUUUGAGUUACUACAAUGAAGGCGAUUGGUUUAUUCAACAGAAACUAAAAAUAUUAUGUUAUCUGAACCACAUUCAUUGAUUUGACAAAAGAAAAAAAUGUGAUAAAUCAUGAAAAUACGGUGCAGAGUUUAUUGCAUUAAUGAUAAUUUAAGGAAAAUGUGCUUAAUUGUCAUAAAAAUAAUGUCACUAUAUAAAUAGGCUUAAUUUACUUUCUGCAAAAUAUAACUAAAUAUUUCUUUCUUUGAUUCUGAAGUGAAAUAAUUCCUUGACAGGUUUCGUGAGCAUUGGUUUUGUCUUUUCAUACAUUUUGUGUGUUGUGUUGCUUUUUGACUAAUUAUCCAGAUCCCUUGUUGUGGAAGUUACGUUCAGCAUUGAGUCUUUCCUGUGGAGGAAGUUUUCAAGUGGAAAUUUCAAAGACAACAUGGCACAAUACACAACAAGAAACAAAACAGGCAAUCCGACAGGUUCUUUAUCAGUUAUUUUUCAGAUAUCCCAAGAUAUACAUGUUCAUCGAUGAUUUGUGCGUGUGCCAACAAGACGUUUCCAGAUUGCUUUCCUUGGGUGAUUUGAUUGGUUUUUGCUCAUUCUGUGUUGGGUUGAGGCUGAUGAACUAGAGCGAUUGCAUCGAGUUGGGGUGCAGCGGUCGUGUUUUUCCCCAAACCAGCACCCUUAAAUGUCCACCCAGAAAUGCAGAUGUAUGGCUAAAAAUACAACUGAAAUCAUCAAUAAAUAUUUACGGUUUUUCAAGA